CAUCAUCUUCACGCAUCUUCCUCCUCGGGCAACAGGUUCAAGAAAGUAAUUUCCCUUCAAGAUGAAGCUGGCAAUUGCAUUAGUUUUUUUGUCCGGAGUAGUCCUUACACUAGCUGCAUCUAGAUCCAAACGUGCAGCUUACGAACUCCCUGAUGGAGCAGAACUCAUUGUUGGAACUGUGAGAACCUCGUUUGCUUGCAGCAACGACGGAUACUACGCCGACAUCGAGAACAACUGCCAGAUCUUCCACGUCUGCCACACUGCAGUCCAUGCUGACGGCAAGACCGAGAUGCAACAAUGGUCAUUCCUGUGCGGCAACCAAACUGUCUUCAACCAAUUUUCAUUCUCUUGCUCUAGCUAUGAGGAUGCUAUUCCUUGCGGAAGCUCUGGAGAUUUCUUCUAUUUGAAUGCUAAUCUGAACGCUGGACCCGAUGUUCCUUUCCACAAGGAAGAUGACGUUGCUCGAGCAAAUGCAGUUACUCCUGGAAGGCCAGCCCAAGGUCAGCCACCUGUAUCACGUCCCCCAACAGGAGCAAGACCACCACCCAGAGGAUAAACAAAAUUUCAAACAAGGUUUCUUCAUAGAGCUAUUUGAUUCAAAGAGGUCCUGGCUACAAGAAGUCUGUUGGCUGAAUGAAAAUGGUCUUCUUACAUCGUUCUGAUCUCAGUAAGACAUCUGCUUCGCACUUGCAGUGUUUGUCUUAAGGUUGCUUGGGGUUGACGGAGGCUUUGUAUAUGGACAACGUAAAAUACGCUGAAUUGUUCGUUUGCAAUUUUUUGUAAAUAUUAGCUUGUAUAUUAUGUAUAAAAAUUAUUAUUGUUUGUUAAUAAAAACAGCAUUUCAAAGAAAA